CAUGUCACUUCUGUUGCCAGCGCCCCUGGUCUUUUGACAUGUGCACGCCCUCGACGAAAAUCAGCGCGCGAGCUUUGUUGCGUUGACAUGGCCCCAGCCCCCAGCCCAGAAAGCAAAACCUUCUACGUGCCUUGUAAUACUAGAAAACCAAUGAAAGGCAGAAAGGUGAGAGCUUCGCGGAGCGGAUCUUGCAUCUCGCCGUACGCGGUCCUCAUGCCGACGCGCUCGGCGCGUCUAAACUUCGCCGCGCAAGCCGAUGAUUGCUUGAGCUCAGUCGUGCCGACUCGUUGUUGCGUACCAUCACCAAACCACCAAUCAAAAUGGCCCUGUCGAUGCGCACCCUGUCUGCCCGCACCGCGGCUCCUCGCGGCUUCUCGGGCCGCCGCGUCGCUGCCGUCUCCAACGGCAGCCGCGUGACCAUGAAGGCCGGCAACUGGCUGCCCGGCUCGGACGCCCCCGCCUGGCUGCCCGAUGACCUGCCGGGCAACUACGGCUUCGACCCCCUGUCUCUGGGCAAGGAGCCUGCUUCCCUGAAGCGCUUCACCGAGAGCGAGGUCAUCCACGGUCGCUGGGCCAUGCUGGGCGUUGCCGGCUCCCUGGCUGUGGAGCUGCUGGGCUACGGCAACUGGUACGAUGCCCCCCUGUGGGCCGUGAACGGCGGCAAGGCCACCUGGUUCGGCAUUGAGGUGCCCUUCGACCUGAACGCCCUGCUGGCCUUCGAGUUCGUUGCCAUGGCCGCUGCUGAGGGCCAGCGCGGCGAUGCCGGCGGCGUCGUCUACCCCGGCGGUGCCUUCGACCCCCUGGGCUUCGCCAAGGACUCGUCCAAGUCGGGUGAGCUGAAGCUGAAGGAGAUCAAGAACGGCCGCCUGGCCAUGGUUGCUUUCCUGGGCUUCGUUGCCCAGCACGCCGCCACCGGCAAGGGCCCCAUUGCUGCCCUGGGCGAGCACCUGGCCAACCCUUGGGGCGCCAACUUUGCCACCAACGGCAUCUCCGUCCCCUUCUUCUAAAUGCACACUCCCAGACACUUCUUGUGUUGACUAAAGCCACAUGCAAAUGAUCUCCUGAUAGCGGGAGAUUGCAUAGCAUGCGGAUGACACCAGAGGACCAGCGGACGGGCUUCACGGCUCCAAGGGGGGUGGCGAAGCGCGCUGGUCCUUCCGUGUAUGUAACUUUGUUAGUGGCCCGUAUGGGCAUAAUUUUGGUGUGAGCAACGUGAGAGCAAGGGUAUGGUGGUGAAAUGCUUCCCGAGCGCGGAUGUGUUGGUUGGUCUUGUGGUGGUUGGUGGGCCGGAUGGCCCGUUUAUGUGGAGGGUGCGGCGAGAGCUGCGAUACGGUGUGUGCGCACGGUCUACACGAACAGCAGGGCUUCGUGCCAUUCCGUGUAACACGCAAGAAACUGUAUGCCUGGCUGGCCAAGGUGAAGGGGGGGAAGCGGGGUGGGGUGGGGGUGGGGUGCGCCGGUCGUGGCACACGCACACGGUGGCGGGCGUGGCCUCAGCCCAACACGUAGGUCGGGAGCGAGGGACCAAGUCAAUCAGGACGGACUGGUCCUCCAAUUUGAUGGGGUUCCCGCCCGUAUCAGCGGCAGCACUGCGUUCACGGAGUCGUUGGACGCUGCGUGCGUGUUAACAACUGCGGAGCUGCAAGACGUUGAAUAACGUCAGUAUCUACAACAACUUGAUGACAAUAUCAAGGGUCAAUUGACUGCAUGCCUCACUCGAUGAUAGGCUGCGUACCGUGUGUGAUGGGACAGUGGCAAGGCAAGUUGAUAAAGUCCCGUAGGGCGUAGCUGAUUCCCAGAACCCAACAAAUGGCAUACAAUUGGCAGCGGCAGGGCAAGAGUGUAGGCUGCGUACGGUAGUUUGGCUUGCACAAGCACAAGGACUGACAUCUUGUAUGUGCGAACGUGCACAGGGACAUUGGAAUGUAAACGUAUGGCCGG